AUGUCCGUGUGUGUUGUGGGCCAGAACAAGUCCGCCUUCAUGGAGGCGUGCGCUAACGCCGGCGGUGUUGGAACGAAGCUCACGGACUCGCUCGAUGGAGCUGAUGGCGUCAUCAUGGUGUACGAUCUCAUAGAGGGCAUGACUAUCGAAGACGAGACGGUCCUGCGGAAGGCGCUCAUAGCCGGCCUCCGGGCCUCCAUCUUCGUGGACAAUUUGGACAAGGCUUUGGAGAAGCUUGAUCCCGAAGGUGUCUACCAGGCGUGUGUCCGGGGCCUCGAUAACGUGAACGUGGUCCUCUCCACCUACUCCGGUGCUGUAUUAGGAGAUCUUCAGGUCUAUCCUGACUUCAAGGGCGGAGUGGCGUUCGGCAGUGCUUCGCAGGGUUGGGGCUUCACGGUGCGCCACUUCGCCAAGAUGUACGCCAAGAAGAUGGGCAUCCCGGAGAGGAAGAUGUGCGACAGACUCUGGGGCGACAACUUCUUCUGGGCCAAGAAGAAGACGUGGGUCUACCACGCGGAACCAGAAGGUGUGACGUUGCCAAGGGCAUUCGUCCAGUUCAUAUUGGCGCCCAUAGUCCAGCUCUCGCAGGCCAUCCUGACCAAUAACUCCAGGUAUGAGCAGAUGCUGACGGCCUUGAACAUCUCCUUGAGCGCGAGUGAUAAAGGGCUCACUGGUCAGGCUCUCUUGACUCGAGUCAUGCAGUCUUGGAUGGCCAGCGAUCAUCUCAGCCUGCUUCUCGUGCCUAUCAAGGACCGCGUCAUGACCACAUUCAGCAAGUUCGACAAGAAUGGCGACGGCCGCAUCUCGUGCUCCGAGCUCUCGGCUCUCAUGCAGCAGUUGGACCCCAGCUGGUCCGGCGGCGACCUCACGAAGCUCAUGGCCCAGUCAGACGACAACGGGGACGGCACCUUGGACCCCGAGGAGUUCGUGCAAUUCGUCUUUUCUCCCACUCGCUGA